UGAAGUUCGUUUGCCACAGCUGGCGAUGGCGGAUGUUGUUGAAAAAGAAAGCAUGAAGAAUUACCAGAUAGCUUCUGAGAAAAUAAACCCAGAGGCCGGUCGCUUCCCUUACUGUGUAGUGUGGACACCCAUCCCCGUGUUGUCAUGGCUGUUUCCACUCAUUGGCCACAUGGGAAUCUGCACUUCCACCGGGGUCAUCCGGGACUUUGCAGGACCGUACUUUGUCUCCGAAGACAACAUGGCUUUUGGAAAACCAACGAAGUACUGGAUGCUUGACGUUAGCAAAGUGUACGCCAGAGGCUCGAAUGCCUGGGACACGGCGGUGCACGACGCUUCUGAGGAGUACAAGCAAAGGAUGCACAACCUCUGCUGUGAUAACUGUCACUCUCACGUGGCCAUGGCUCUGAAUCUGAUGCGAUAUGAAAACAGCACCUCGUGGAACAUGGUCAACCUCUGCCUCCUCGUGCUCAUCCACGGGAAACACGUCGGCUGUGCAGGUUUUCUGAAGACCUGGCUGCCCUUCCUCAUGCUGGUGGGCAUCAUCAUCGCUGUGGUCCUGGCCUUCAACCUGCGGUGACCUGGAGGCAGAUGGAGGACACGAGGACCCCCGCAGGUCCAAUGUGGGGUUGACCUUUUACACAUCGAGGGAGUGGGGGGGGGGCAUCACACGGUGUCGAGGAGAUAAAAGACUACUAACCUCCGAGAGAGGGUUGUGGAGCGGGAACACAGGCUGGGUUUGUGAGAAGCAGACGGCCCGUUAGCUUCGUUGAAAGUGAUGGAAGUGAUUUUAUAUCGGUUAUUUAUGUCGUGACUGAACACCCGACACACAAACACUUGAUGGAUAUGAUACUUAAAACCCUGAGAGCAGGUUUAAGCCAUCGCCACCUGCAAAGUGUCGACUUGGUGUUGCUGAAAAAUAGAGGAAUUGGUGAAUUCUCAUAGGGAACACAUUCAUGCCUUGCUUCCAGAUUUUUUAUAAUUUUCAGGGAGUGAAAUCCCAUAAUUCACUGCUUCCAGAAUGCCAUUUUUAUACAAACAUGUUAUAUCGAUUAGAAGCAUUUCCAAAUGACUGUAUUCCAUGCUCCGCUAACCACGUGGCAGCAGUUUGUAUUUUUGUGCGUUUUCUUGCAUCUUCUAAAACAGAAAUAGUAUCUCAGAGAUGUGUUGCACGUGCAUUUCUUGUAUCGCCUCAUGGUGCUUCUUUAAGAAUGUUUUCAAACCUUUUUAACUUCAGAUCAUCUGUGCAGCGACUGUAGCAAACUCAAUGAAUGUGGCUGCCGUUAAAACCCAGACGAUGGUUCAGAUUUUGUUUUUGUUAUUCUUGUGCCAAACUCAAACUGUGUCCUUGAAUAUCUAACUUUUUAUUUAGUGGAACAGCUCAUUAGCAACUCCAGGGUUAUUGAACGAAAAGCCUCGUGUACCUCUUUUCCACUGAAAGGCAGUUUGGUUCUAGCUCCGUCUGUUGCUUGUUCGCUUCUCAGUGAGUUCUCAGCGAAUUCUUAGUGAGAUCUUAGCGAGUUCUUAGCGAGAUCUUAGCGAAGUUCUUAGCGAGUUCUUAGCGAGAUCUUAGCGAGUUCUUAGCGAGAUCUUAGCGAGAUCUUAGCGAGAUCUUAGCGAAGUUCUUAGCGAGAUCUUAGCGAGUUCUUAGCGAGAUCUUAGCGAGUUCUUAGCGAGCUCUUAGCAAGUUUUUAGCGAGUUCUUAGCGAGAUCUUAGCGACUUCUUAGGGACUUCUUAGCAAGAUCUUAGCGACUUCUUAGCGACUUCUUAGCGAGUUCUUAGCGAGAUCUUAGCGGAGUUCUUAGCGAGAUCUUAGCGGAGAUCUUAGUGAGAUCUUAGCGGGAUCUUAGCGAGAUCUUAGUGAGACCUUUUUAUUGGCAUGUUAAUACAGCUGUAAUAAUAAAAACAACAAACUGGUCCUGGAACCGCUUUGGUGGAAAAGGGGUAUAGAUGUGAGGGUUAUGAAUCCUGGCCAGCUCUUAUUAUUAUUAUGUUUUUUAUUCCCAAUGUUUGACCUAAAAGUAAGAAGCAGGAGUCAGUGCCUAACAAAACCAAAACCUCUCACGGAUCCUCAAUAUCUUCUAAUGUCAUUGUUCUAGUUAUACUUGAAAGAAAAUAGUUCCACGUGGUGUUUGGCACCUCCAAUCCGUUGCCAUGGGUGUCGUGAGUAGAUUGAAAUCCCCUCAUUGUUUGCAGUCUAACAGAAUAAGUGUUGAGCCCUCUCUUUGUCCGGUGCUGACAGGAGCAGCAGGCAGCCAGGAUCCUCAGGUUUUUCACACUCUCCAACCCCUGCUGCAUUUCCCCACUUUCACUCAUAGUCUCCUUCCUGCUGCUUUCCACCGCUGCAGAUCACAUUCGAAGGUCAUUGUGAAAUGUCAGCACUGCUUUCACAAAGCUUUGAUAGAAACCAGCCGACAUCCUGCCAUAAUCCAAAGGCAUUUAAGUGAUUUUAUUAAUUAAAAUCUGUUUUUUUCUG